GAGCUGAGCCUGCUGGACGAGUCCAACACCAUUUUUAAGCUUUUGGGCCCCGUUCUGGUCAGGCAGGAGCUGGAGGAGGCCAAAGGCACCGUGGGCAAGCGGCUGGACUACAUCAGCGGGGAGAUGAAACGCUACGAGCAGCAGAUGCAGGAGCUGGAGCGGCGCUCGGAGCAGCAGCGGGAGCUGCUGGGGCGGCUCCAGCAGGAGCUCCAGGCCAAGCCCUGACCCCCCCAAAAUUUUGGGGACCCCCCCAAAAAUUUGGGGACCCCCCCCAAAAUCUUGGACCCCUCAGAGCCCAAAAAUCCCGAUUAAAUCCCAGAAAAACGCC